AUGACCCAUUUGCCCAGGAUUACAGGGCGAUCCCAGGCCCCCAACCUGGCCAAAGACAAAGUCCCCAGAAUCGCUCACUCCUUUCCGUAUGCCAGGGAAUAUCGGAUCUCUGGACAAGGUUCGGGUGCCUCUCCGAAGCGUGACUUUACCUUCUCCACGGUGCCCGAGUCUGUGCGACCGAAGACUCCCGACUUUGAGGGCUCCCUUAGCAUUGCGUGGACUGCAACCCAUGCACUCAGGCACCAUGGCUGUGGUUUUACAACUUUACACCGCGAACACAGCGAACUGGCCUUGGCCCCCAGUGUUCCAUAUCCUUCUCGAAGGUCUGGACACUGGAGAGAUUCUGGAGACCGAGGGCUGGUCAGAUGCAGGGCCAGUGGACCGGACCCCAUCGUCACCGCCUCGGGCCCCUAUUCACCACCGGCGGUGCCGGCCAGCGUCUCCGUCUCAUCGGCCACUCUCGCCCCUUGA